AUGUUUCUACUUGACGACCGAGAGACCAUUGAAAAAAAAUUACUUCAUAUUCUAUCUGAACGAAUUAUUAAUUUAAAUCUUGAUCGAAAUAUUCGUCGUCAAUUAAUAUAUAACAUCUAUAAAUUUAGUUCAUAUUUUUUUCCUGUUGAUAUAAAUACAAUUGUACAUCCACGUUUUUUUAAUUAUGAAUCUGAUGAAGAAUCAGAUGUGGAUGAUGUAACCGAUGAUUCGACUUCAGAUGAAGAUGAUUUUUACGACGAUAUAGAAAAUCAAAUACUUGAUUAUUUCGAUUUUGAACAAUUUAUUGCUGCUAUGUCUGAUACUUCAUCAAUAAAUCACCCUGAAUAUCAAAAUAAUAAUAAUAACAAUAAUUUCUUUUGA